AUGGACAAAGCCAUGGUGAUUGAUAUCGCUCCUCAGCAACAUUUAUCUGAAAUUUUUAGUACUAAUCAUACUCAUCAUCGUUCAUCAUCAUCAUCGACACAUAAACGAAGUUCAACAACGACAAAUACGACAUCAAAUAAUAAUACAAUGCCAAACGGUCAUCGACUUAUGACUGAUGAACUUAGUAAAAAAGCAGAACAAAUUCUUGGACAUGCACCAGCUGUUGUAGAUUAUUGUCGACAACCAAGUAUCGAUUUUUCUACUCAAUAUGCACCUCGAAUAAAUAUCAAACUUUCACAAUCACGAAUUAAUAAUCAUCAAGUUUCUCCUGUUACAACAUCAAAUCAAACGAUUAUUAAGAAUAGACAUUCAGAAAUAGUCGAACAACUUUUUCCACUUAUAUUAAAGUUGGUUGCACCAAUAACAUUUACAAAACUAUCUGAAACCAUUUCUAGAAAUUCAAAAAAUAUUAAUAAUAUAAUCGAAAAUCGUGAAACACAUAUUGCAUCACAUGAUGAUAUUAAUCUUAAACUUAGUGAUGAUGAGAAUGAAGAAGAAGAUGAUGAUGAUGAUGAUAAUAAUAAUAAAAUAUCAAAUGAGAAUCAAAUUAAAAAUCAACAUAUCGACAGUGAUGAUCAAGUAUCUAUUCACAGUGAUACGGAGAAUGAUGAUGAACUAAAUCGAACGAAUCCAAAUACAUUAUCAUUAAGUGAUUUUAUUCCUGUAAAACAUUCACCAGUAGAAUCAUUAAUUGAUAUUCAAAAACGAAGUUUAUCACCAUCAAGACCAAUUCAAGAAAUAAAACAAAAUAAACGUAAAGAAGAAUUAAUUAAAUCAUUUUCAUCAUCUGUAAAUAUUCCUAUUGAUAUUAAACAACCAACACUUCCUAUAAUCAUUCCGACAUAUUUAUUUUCUGAUCAAUCUAUAAAAACAGAAGAUGAUCAAGUUAUUGAAAAAUCACAAAAAACACCAAAACGAUAUGCGAAUGGUACAAUUAAACAUGAAACAAAUACACAGAUGAUUGAUAAUUCUAAUAUAACAAAUGGUACGCAACAAAAAAAGAAUAAAACUAGUCACGUGUACAAACAAGAACCAGCUAUUUAUUCGACAACAAUACGUACUAAAGAAGAAUCAAAUGUUAUGUCAAAUGUUGUGUCAUCUAAUGAAAUAUUAUCUAAUGAUAAUACGACAACAAUUACACAAAUAUCAGAUCAACCAAAGAAAAAACCAACAGCAAAUGUUCGACCACUUUUACAAAUUACAUUAAUUGAUAAUUUAUCAUCAACAAAUAAUGCUUCAAGUGUUCUUAAUACACCUGAUCGUUUAACAACAGCAACUAAUGCUUCAACAAAACCAAACUAUGCAAAUUUAAAAAAUAUGUCAACAAAAGAAUUAAAUUCUUUAGCUCGAGAAAAGAAGAAACAAGCUGAUGGUGAAAAACGAACAUUUGAAGAUAUUAAACAAUCAAUGUCAUUAUAUCUUGAAUCUGUUUGUUAUUUUAUUCAAUGUGCUCAUGAUGAACCAAUAUUAGAACAACGUACUUCAUUAUUAACAGCAACAUUAUCAAUGCUACAACAUCUUGUAUAUAAUUAUGAAAAAAUGUUUCACAUAUCUACAAAUCAAUCAAUUGAUUCAGUGAAUAAUAUUCGACAAAAAUUUCUUUUAAUUAAUUAUUGGCUUCAAUCUUUUAUUUAUCAAUUACAAUAUAAUGCAAAUUUACCAAUAAUUGAACGAUGUGUUCAUCAAGUAACAGAAUAUUUUAGUCAUUCAAAAUCUCCAUCAGAUACAAAUAAUAGUUUUAUAUAUGAAUUUUCAAAAUAUAUGUUACAUUCAUAUAAUUCAAACCAUUAUUGGAAUAAAGCUGAACGUUUAAAGCGUGAAGAAUCAUUAAAAAAAUUUAAUGAACAGUUAUUAAGACAAAAUCAAAAUCGACGUUUAACACGUGAUGAUACAACAUUAGAUUUUUUAUUGUAUAUUUUUGAUGCGAUUGAUUUAUUACGUUUAACUAUUGUUUAA